UAAUUUGUAUUGUUUAGUCCAGCAGUUGUUUCUCCUGACAUUUAUUGGUGUAUCACUGCUCUUGAAGGUCGAUGGUUACCAUAGCAACCAAUAACCGAUCACUCGUCACCUUCUUCCGUCGCCGUCGGUAAUUGCGCACCUUUGGAUUCAUUUUCAGCCACAGUGAUGUUGCGUUGACUGUUUAAGCUGCCACGUCGGAUAGUCGGACUGAAGAUGGCAGCACCUGUCUGAGAUGAGAAUUGGCAGUGUCUGUCUGUGAUAAUCAGCAAUGGACAACAGCACAGAUGUAGAUGAGGACGUCUUACAUUUCAUCAUCCAAAAUAUGACUUGUCCGGCUUUUGACUUUUCAACCAUUAAUGGAGCCGUGUUCAUCACAAUCUUCAUCAUCAGCGUCAUCAGCAAUGUCCUCCUCUUAUGUAUUCUGUUUACUUUUGAAAAACAUAAUCUUUUCACAUAUAUUUUCAUCAUAAACCUUGCUUGUUCUGAUUUGAUCUUUGCUGCCUCAGUCCCCUUCUUUGCUGUCUACCACAUUCAUCACUGGAUCUUUGGGGACUUUUUGUGCAAAUUCAUCAUUUGGGUGCACUUCUCUGGUCUCUACAGUAGCAUCUUUGUACUAACAGCAAUGACUGUGGAUCGUUUUUGUACCGUGGUGCUGAAUAACUGGCCAAACAACACUCAGAGGAAGAAACGGUAUACCAUCGGCGCCUGUGUGGUUGCCUGGCUGAGCAGUAUUGGUCCAUCUUUGUAUGAUGCUUCCAAUAUGGAGGUGUCUGAUGAUUACUACUGUGAAGCUGCUUUUUCUGAUGAACUUGGAUAUUAUUUCCAAAUUGCUUUGCUGAUUUUGAUCCCAAUUGCCAUUAUUAUUUUCUGCAAUUGUGCCAUUAUAUAUACUAUUUUACGAGCCGCACACAGGACAAGGCACAAAGCUCUAAGUAUAGUUUUUUGUAUCGUUGUAGCUUACAUCAUCUGCUGGGGACCCUACAAUAUUGUACUUCUCAUUCAGUCCAAAACCUGUGAAGAACUGCAGCGGAUGAAUAUUGUCUACAAUAUCUGUCGAAUGCUUGCCUAUUCCCACUGUUGGAUAAACCCUCUUCUGUGUAUGCUCACACAAAAGUUACGAAAUCACCUGCUUUAUAUUUUGCGCUACAAAGUUGCUAGGACUGAAAGAAAGAGAGCCAGUGGCCAGGCUUAUAUUCAGAAUGCCAGUGAAUCUCACAGUUCAGGUCUUUAAGCAACAUUGCUGAAAUUCAAGAGUAUUUGUUAUAGUACAUGGAUACAGAAUCUAGUAUAGUUUGGAUAUUGUUCCAAAUAGAUUGGCAUGAGAUGGCUUACCACACUGAAAUAGUUGGAAGUAGCCUAUUUGAAA